AAAGAGCCCCCUACGAGCUUGAAAUACUUCCGAGAUCCUUUUUUCUGUCGCUAAUUGGCCUAAACCUGCACCGUGAAGUGCGACGCAUGAGUUAUCACAGGCAUCUCGUCGACGUCUGGUGUGCCGAACACGACACUGCGUAGUUUCUUUGCACGUACCCUAAAGCAAAUAAGCUCCAAGGAUGGGUUGGCUCGACCUUCUGGGCCUCGGUCCUUCCGGGCCGGUGUACCCUCCCGGGCCUCGCGCGGAGCCGGAGGUGGAAAUUCCCACGGGGACCGACACCACUCGCGGCGCGCGCCUGUUCAAGCUGAAGUGCGCACAGUGCCACACGAUCAGCUCCGAGGGAAUCAACAAACAGGGUCCGUGUCUGUUCAACGUACUGGGACGGUUAUCCGGCACCAUCCCCGAUUUCGAGUACACUAUUCCCUGAAAAUUACCCAUCCCCAUCCACUUUUUGCAUGACAAACACAUGAUUUUAUGUAUGUUUUGCAUGACAAAUUGGAUGGGGAUGGGUAAUUUUCAGGGCAUAUACACGGACGCAAACAAACAGAGCGAAAUCACGUGGUCGGAGAAACAUCUGUUCAAGUACAUCGAAAACCCGCGGCGGUACAUCCCGGGCACGCGCAUGGCGUUUUUGGGGAUCAAGGACGAACAGGACCGAGCGGACCUGAUCGCGUUCAUCAAGGAUAAUUGUCCAAAUAAAAACGGUGGUCAUCAUGUGACUGCGCCAACGCCUACGCCGGUUGUUUGCGAAAGCAGCACCGGGUCCGUGGGCACGGGGACCGGUUCGGUAAAUGAUGGGCCUCGUCCGGUUGUAGGUGUAGCGGGAGGUGCUCCAGUGGCCGCGCGUGCAGCGCAGCAACAACAGCGAUCACCUUUUGUGUGUGAGCACGGCGGAAGCACGACGAGUAGUUCCCAAACUAAGACUACGGGCGGAGAAAACCCCGGCGCGGUCGUUGCAAUAGACGUAGCGCCACGAACUGCGUCAGGAGCCGACGCUGUCUCACAGAUGGAGGACAGCAUCCAGCGUAAUUGCAGGAUGGCAGCGCAAAACGUGCAAGAGGAUUCUUUCGUGAAGAAAAGUGGUAACCCUAGCACAAUUCAGGUUUGUUGAAGAAGGGGAACAGCACCAGCGUUCUAUUGCUGCUCGUCGACUUCUGUGCUUCUGCAGUAUCGUAUCUGUGGAUCAUGCACUCGUCAUCCAACUGACGACGAUCUUCAACGAACGACAAUCACGAAUUUUCCACAGUAGACCCACUACGGCCCGUAGCCUCGACCGACAUAGGUGUUGCGUGUAGUGUCGUUACAGGCGGGGGAACACGAACAAAAGACCGACAACGCAAAAUCUUCC